AUGACCCAUUUGCAGAAACUUGGAACAACAUCUAUUCUCAAAUGGGUUUCUUUAAAUUUAGUUGAAAACUUCAUUUCCGUAUCAAAGACACCAUUUUGGCCAUCUGAGACUGUUUACAGUGCUCAAAACUCUAGACUUUAUGGAAGAGAAAGAGGGGUUGAGAAUGCAAAUAUUGAAAAUAAAGUUAGCAUUUCACCAGCUAGUAGCGAUUCUAAAUAUUUUGGUAAGCUAUAUUCUGCUGCUUGGAAGGCAGCUCAAGCUGCAUUGUUCGAGUAUUUGCACUUGACUAGUAAUUUACAGUUCCUGGAUGCUGAGAAUAUGAGCAAAAACUCACCUUAUUUUGUUGAAAAUCUGUUAAAAUCGGUGGAGAAGGAAUUGGAUUUGAAGGAAAUUAUUCUUCGGUUUUUGCGGUAUCAUCCUAUUAAUGAAUUUGAGCCUUUCUUUGAGAGUGUAGGAUUGAAACCUAGCGAGUAUAGUCCUUUUCUUCCGCGCAAUUUGAUGUUCUUGAGUGAUGAUGAUUUGUUGCUAGAGAACUAUUAUGUUUUGUGUAAUUAUGGUGUUGAGAGAAAAAACAUGGGGAAGAUCUAUAAGGAGGCAAGGGAAAUUUUUCAAUAUGAUUUUGGAGUUCUGUCAUCGAAGCUUCAAGCUUAUGAGAAACUGGGCCUUAGUCAGAGUAUUAUUGGUAAAGUUAUUGUAUGUAGUCCUUAUAUCUUGAUUGGGGAUGUAAAUAUGGAGUUUGUUAAGGUGUUAGAGACGUUGAAGAGUAUAGGGGUCAAAUUCAGUUUGACUGAGAAGCACUCGAUGGAACAGAAUUCUUAUAAUUGGAGUAAGAUGCUUAGGCUUUUAAGCUUUUUUAGCGAGAUGGGAUUGAGUGAGGAGCAGUUAGGUAAAUUAAUCCGGCGACAUCCAGGACUGCUUUUGGAGGGUUCGGGGGAUGGAGCACUUACUCUGAUAGGACUUUUAUUAAAAUUUGGGUAUACUCUGGAUGAAGUUCGUUUGAUGUUUCUGCAGUCCCGAAAAAUUCCAGUGGGAAGAUUUUUCACACCUUUUUGGCCAUCUGGGUCUGUUUAUAUUGCUCAAAACUCUAGACUUUAUGGAAGAAAAAGAGGGGUUGAGAAUACAAAUAUUGAAAAUAAAGUUAGAAUUUCACCAGCUAGUAGUGAUUCUAAUUAUGUUAGUAAACUAUCUUCUGCUGCUUGGAAGGAAGCUCAAGCUGCAUUGUUGGAGUAUUUGCACUUGACUAGGAAUUUACAGUUUUCGGAUGCUGAGAAUAUGAGCAAAAACUCACCUUAUUUUGUCGAAAAGCUAUUAAAAUGGGUGGAGGAGGAGUCUGAUUUGAAGGAGAUAAUUUCUCGGUUUUUGCGGUAUCAUCCUAUUAAUGAAUUUGAGCCUUUCUUUGAGAGUAUAGGAUUGAAACCUAGUGAGUAUAGUCCUUUUCUUCCUCGCAAUUUGAUGUUCUUGAGUGACGAUAAUUUUUUGCUGGACAACUAUUAUGUUUUGUGUAAUUAUGGUGUUGAGAGAAAAAAUAUAGGGAAGAUCUAUAAGCAGGCAAGGGACAUUUUUCGAUAUGAUUUUGGAGUUUUGUCAUCGAAGCUUCAAGCUUAUGAGAGACUGGGGCUUAGUCAGAGUAUUAUUGGUAAAGUUAUCGUCUAUAGUCCUUAUAUCUUGAUUGGGGAUGUAAAUAUGGAGUUUGUUAAGGUGUUAGAGACAUUGAAGAGUAUAGGGGUUAAAUUUAGUUUGAUUGAGCAGCACUCGAUGGACCAGAAUUCUUAUAAUUGGAGUAAAAUGCUUAGGCUUUUAAGCUUAUUUAGCGAGAUGGGAUUGUGUGAGGAGCAGUUAGGUAAAUUAAUCCGGCGACAUCCAGGACUGCUCUUGGAGGGUUCAGGGGAUGGAGCACUUGCUCUGAUAGGACUUUUAUUAAAAUUUGGGUCUACUCUGGAUGAAGUUCGUUUGACUUUACUGCAGUCCCCACAAAUUCCAGUGGGAAGAUUUUUUACAAACUUGAAGGAAUGCUUUAAGUUCUUUUUUGAGAUUGACAUGGAGAUGGAUGAGAUUGGUAAGAUUUUCCGAUCUCAUUCCAUGUUGUUGGGUACAUGUACUUUAAAGAGAACUAGUUGCAUUUUUGGCCAUUUGGGUGUUGGGAAGAAGCGACUUCGUGAAUACAUCCAGGGGAAUCCCAACAAUCUGAAAAAUGUAGUUAGGGGUUCAAAAGUUAAACGAUUACCGAGGAUAAGAGACAGAGAAAGAUCUCUAAUGGCGAAGACUAAGUUCUUGGAGGAUGUGGGAUUAAUACAGAAUCCAAAUGAAGCGGAAAGAGCAUUGAAGUCUUUUCGAGGCAGAAGAGAGGAGCUUCAGGAGAGAUUUGAUUGUAUUGUGAAUGCUGGCUUAGAUAGAAAGGAUGUUACUGAAAUGAUUAGACUGUGCCCUUCAAUUAUUGGCCAGAAAAAGAGUAUCAUUGAAGCGAAAAUCAAUUUUAUUGUGCAUGAUUUGGGUUAUCCCAUAUCAUCUUUAUUGUCAUACCCAGGAUAUCUAAACUAUUCAAUGCAGAGGAUCAAGCUUAGGCUAUCGAUGUAUAAUUGGCUCACAGAACAAGGAAAGGCGGUACCUAUGCUUUCCUUGAGUACUCUCAUUGCAUUCUCCGAUAACACAUUCAUGAAGCGUUUUGUAAAUCAGCAUCCGGAAGGCCCUCGAGUUUUGAAGGAUUUGAAGAAACAAAUUUAUUCUGAGCAGUAGAAGUCUGUUCUUUUCGUUUGUACUUCCUUGGGUUCUGCCAUUCAAUGAUCCAUGUAAUUGCUGACAAGAUACAUGAUUUUGUUGCUCUUCAAGCUGAGAAAUUCAUCAAUCCA